ACUGUUAACCAAUACUAGUAUAAAAAUGUCUCCAGACGCAUUAUAAGCAAUGAUUCACCUCACAAGGAAUAAUACUACACAACAUAAAAUAAAAAUUUCAUAAACAAAAGUUAAAAAGACAGAGAGAGAAGAGAGAGAUUCAUCAUCAAACACACAAUCUCUUCCCUAAUCGUACGGAUCUCUUCUUCUUCCUUCAUACCUUCCUCGAUCUGGGAUUCACGUUUUUUUUCAUCGGCUCGAGAGUCUGAUAAUACAAAGAAAGAAAACUUGUUUUGUUGUACCCUGAAAAUGGCAUCCGUUGCUAUACCUCCAGUUCAUGGAGCUAGAGACUCUACUACUAGUCUCGAUAAACUGCCUGAAGAAAUGAACGACAUGAAACUUCGUGAUGAUAAAGAAAUGGAACCGAUAGUGGUAGAUGGCAACGGUACAGAGACUGGCCACAUUAUAGUCACUACUAUUGGUGGUAGAAACGGCCAACCUAAACAGACGAUCAGCUACAUGGCAGAACGUGUUGUUGGGCAAGGAUCAUUCGGCGUUGUGUUCCAAGCCAAGUGUCUUGAGACGGGAGAAACUGUUGCGAUAAAGAAAGUUUUACAAGACCGGAGGUACAAGAACCGUGAGCUUCAGACCAUGAGGCUCUUUGACCAUCCCAACGUUGUUUCUCUCAAACACUGCUUCUUCUCAACUACUGAGAAAGAUGAGCUUUACCUCAACCUGGUGCUUGAAUACGUCCCGGAGACAGUUCAUCGUGUUAUCAAACAUUACAACAAACUCAACCAGCGGAUGCCUCUCAUAUACGUCAAACUCUACACCUAUCAGAUUUUUAGGGCCUUGUCUUACAUUCACCGUUGUAUUGGUGUGUGUCACCGUGACAUCAAACCACAAAACUUGUUGGUGAAUCCACACACACAUCAAGUGAAGCUAUGUGAUUUUGGAAGUGCUAAAGUAUUGGUGAAAGGAGAACCAAACAUCUCAUACAUUUGCUCAAGGUAUUACAGAGCACCUGAACUUAUUUUUGGAGCAACGGAGUAUACAACAGCCAUUGAUGUCUGGUCUGCAGGAUGUGUUCUUGCUGAGCUCUUGCUUGGACAGCCAUUGUUCCCUGGUGAGAGUGGUGUUGAUCAACUUGUGGAGAUUAUCAAGGUUUUGGGAACGCCUACUAGGGAAGAAAUCAAGUGCAUGAACCCUAACUACACUGAGUUCAAAUUCCCUCAGAUCAAAGCUCAUCCAUGGCACAAGAUUUUCCACAAACGCAUGCCACCAGAAGCUGUUGAUUUGGUCUCAAGGCUUCUUCAAUACUCUCCCAAUCUAAGAUCUGCCGCUCUGGACACAUUGGUCCACCCAUUCUUUGAUGAGCUAAGAGAUCCAAAUGCGCGUCUGCCUAAUGGACGUUUCCUUCCACCACUCUUCAACUUCAAGCCUCACGAGCUGAAAGGUGUGGCGGUGGAGAUUGUAGCUAAGUUAGUACCUGAACAUGCAAGGAAGCAGUGUCCUUGGCUCGGUUUGUGAUAAGAAAACUGAAUGUAGCACAAACACAAACACUUAUGCAUCUAUCUCUGAUAUGUACCCUUUGUUUGUUGUAUUAGUAGAGAAAAAAAAAGAGUUAUAUUGACUGUGGGUGGUUUAUAGUGUAAUAGCCAUCAUCAAGAGUUUUGGUACU